AGAGUAAGAGAAAGUUGCUUGCGCCAAUGGACUGAUAUCACCCUCUCUUCCUGUCUCGUUCAUGACACUGGCCGUUGACAGGCUCCUCGCCAGUCCGGCUGCCUUGCGACUCCUGCGCUCCCUUGUCAAUGGCUCAGAACUCCCCGCCGCAUGUUCUGCAGCAACGAUUUGCUGCCAUUCGUAUACAGCCCGCCGCAAUUAUUCAAACAAUCCGACAGAUCGGUCCAAAUCCACGUCAAAGCCACAAUGGAAGCGCUUGAAAGAUGCAGCCAAAGAAAUCGCGAUCCGAAACCGAGUGCGCGAGGCACUGCUCAAUGACGAUGCGAACGAUACCGCCAAGCCGACGGUUGACAUUUUCCAAAAUGAUGUUAUACGUGUAGCAAAACGAGAAGACGACCCUGCACAACUCGCCGCUACUUUGGCAUACGAGGAGAGACUCUAUAAGGGCCAGGGUGUGCGCAAUGUCUGGCGAACCAUCCGUCAUCGAGGAUACCAUCUGCCCACUGAAGAGACGGCCGACGCCGAGGUACUAUGGGGAACAUUUGCCAAGUAUCAUCUGAUUGUACCUAAAUUGAUAGAAUAUGCAGAAGAGUUGUUUCGAGAGACAGGCAAAAUCUAUCCUCGCCUGUAUGAAUUGGUCAUGGCCUACUGGCUGCCACAGAGACCCAGGCAGGCGUUGAAACAUCAUUAUGCACUGGUCAGAAACCUUAAACUCCAGAAAUUACCAUUGCGAAGUUUGGCCCGUUUAGGGCGGUCGACAUGGAAGCCUGCCACGUACGAAGUGUUCCUCGAGAUAUACGGACAGAGCGACGAGAGGGACGUCUAUGACGAGGUGGUGCCAGCGCUGAUUGAGAAAGGAGGUAUCAAUGUGGCACGGCAAUGGCAUACAAUAUGUAUUCUGCUUAGUGACAAACCAUCAGAGUCCGUUGCGUCACACCCAGUCAUUCGGCUGUUUGCAGAUGUCAAGAUAGCUCCACAUGAAGUACGCUCCGAGGAGAAGAUGACCAAGAUGCACAAGCGCGAAACAAUCAGAUAUAAUCAAGACCUGUUACGACGCUUGGCAGGCCCCGAUACAGCCCCGAUUCGAUUCGAAGACUCGUUCGUCGCCCGCAUGUUCGCAACGAGGACCUUUACACCCGCUUCCGUUAUACAAGGGCUGAUCAUGGUUGGCGUGAAUGAGAUUGGACCACAAGCUGUGCUUACCAUGGCGGCGCAAACACAACCAAUAGAGGAGCUUCCAAGGAGGUUCGAGGAAUUACGGGCAGCGGGCAUCGCCCUGCAAGGCUGCGUCUUCUCCUUGGCUUUAGAGAAGUUUGCAAUGGAGCAGAAAUGGCACCUGGCGCGCAGUAUGAUAGAGAGCGAUCAGCAUCCAGAUGUUUUUGGCGAUACGGGCAUACAGCGAAAGCUGCUUGAAUACUACCUCGAGCAAGGCGAUCAGUUGCAAGCCCAACGUACCCUUGCCAUUCUGACUCUCUUCCACAACGACUCUAGCCAAGAAUCCUGGAAUCUUCUCCUACAAGUCAACAUCGAACGCACCGGACCGCACCACGUCAUGGAAGUGAUCGAUGGCAUGCGUAUCCGGGGCGUCAUGUUACUACCGGAGUCACUCAAGGCAAUAAAAGGCUUGCUAGCCCAGCGACAGAGAGGAAACAGACCCGUCAUGCGCAAAUUUGACGAUUUACGGUUUGUUGCACGUGUCUUUAUGACGAUACUAGAGAGUGGUAUAGCUCCUAUUGGUCCACCCCAAUGGCGCGAGAUCAUACGCCGAUUUGGCAUGCUUGGGAGGUUUAGAGAGCUCCGCAGGCUCUUGCUUUGGCUUCUUUGCUGGUACGCACCGAGAGGAACACUCCAAUUCACAGCGUUGCCACGGUCACCAUUUUUGGAGCCGGCGACAGCGAAGCUACGUACUGCGUAUCCCGAACGUUACCAUUACUUCCACUUCCCAGCCAUGGUUAACCAACGCGAGAACAAACGUCAUCCCAUUCGUCAAUUAUGUCCACCUCCUCUUAUACAAGCACUCAUUGUUUGGGGCUUCCGAAUGGGGAUGCUCCCUAAUGCUCAGUUGGAACAACACAUGCUUGGCUCCCCAUUAGCGAAGAAACACUACCGACGCCGCCUGCUCCAACGUGGUAUUCUUAACCGUCUCGAAUGGACCAUCGGCCUGCGUACAGUAGUUCAGCUACGUGAUCUUGGUGUCUUUGUACAUCACCACACUGUGCUCAAAGCCUUGCAGGCCCAGAUGAUAAUUUUGUUUGGUCACGGUCGAUCACUCAAAAAAGAAAACAGGAUCAUGGAACAGGUCAACACUCUGUCGUACGCCCGCUAUGUCCGCGAGAUCAACAGGAUAUGGGGUAAGCCACUCUUGAGGGAGCCUCAAAUCUUUCGUACGCACAUGGCAUAUGGCCAGACGUGGCAUCCACGCUUGCGCCGGAAGACUAAUCGCAAUCAAUGGAUCAGCCUCGGUGAGAUGCUGGGUCCGGAAUGGCAGGCUCGAGAUGACGGAGGGGAUGCGUCCGCUUGGUCUCGUACUGCUAGCGAGCAAGACGCCAGGGUUUUUGGUGAACUCCAAAAGCGGUUUGAAAUGGAGGCUGAAGCCAUCAAGUCUAACGGAGACCCCAAGGCAUAG